AUGUCAACCAACUUUGAUUACAAUUGGAAUCCACAAGAUAGUGGACAGUAUGCUGCUGCAACAGGUGAUACAUCAUUGCAUUCAGUUCAUGGGCAGAUUCAUGCUGGACCACACUCAGUACCAGCACAUACAGACAAUGGAAUAGACCCAAAUUUGCUGAAUAAUGAAGCUAAUGAUUCAGGCGCAUUUGUAACAGCAGGAACGGCUGGUCAACUUGGUUUCGAUAUUCGAACAUUAGGUUUAAGUGAACAAGAAUUGAAAGAAACAGGAUUACAUCCAUCUCUAUUGUCAACUGGGCGUCAACUCCCAUUAGAACAAUACAAAAUCAAUUACGAUCCUAAUCCAAUUAUCAUUCGAAAACAAAUUCCUAUGGAAAUGCCCACGUACAAACAACAGGUCAUCGUUCGAUAUCUUCGACCUCCGACUCCGCCUUCACCAGGUCCAUUGAUUAUCAAAGAAGUUCGAGAACCUCAAGCAGCUGCUGCACCACCUCUUGUGAUUCGCACUCGAGCACCACGAGAGAAGACUCCACCGCCAAUUAUCAUUCGCGAAGCACCACCCCUCGUACCUCAAAUCGAUUCUCAUCCAAAAUAUGUUACACGUGUUGUCCGUAACAAUGAUCCACCAUUCUCAUCUCCUCCCCAACGGCAACAGCAACAGCAACAGCAACAACAACAACAACAACAACAACAGCAAUUCCAACAAGCGCCGCCACAAUUUCAAAAUUUUGAUUCAUUUGAUGCCGGAACAGUCAAUUAUGAGCAAUUCAAUGGAAUUCAAAAUGGAAAUCGAUUUAACCACGAAAUCAAUUCAUUCGGAGAUCAACAACAAGCUGGAUGGGUUACCGAAGUCGUUUCAAGUAAUGGCAUCACGUCAGCAGCUCCACCACAUCUUUUAGAUGAUAUCUAUCGAGCAAUUAAUAAUCAACUACCACGUGUAUGA